GGUCCAAGUUGAAUUCUAUAUGAAUGAAAACACAUUUAAAGAGAGACUAAAGUUAUUUUUUAUUAAAAAUCAGCGAUCAAGUCUAAGAAUACGCCUGUUCAAUUUUUCUCUCAAAUUAUUAAGCUGCUUGUUAUACAUCAUACGAGUGCUGCUGGAAAGCCCCUCACAAGGAAAUGAAUGGUCUCAUAUCUUUUGGGUGAACAGAAGUCUACCUUUAUGGGGCCUACAGGUCUUAGUGGCCUUGAUAAGUCUAUUUGAAACCAUUCUACUUGGUUAUCUCAGUUAUAAGGGAAACAUCUGGGAGCAGAUUUUACGAAUACCCUUCAUCCUGGAAAUAAUUAAUGCGGUUCCCUUCGUUAUCUCGAUAUUCUGGCCUGCCUUAAGGAAUCUCUUUGUCCCAGUCUUUCUGAACUGCUGGCUUGCCAAACACGCCUUGGAAAAUAUGAUUAAUGAUCUGCACAGAGCCAUUCAGCGUACACAGUCUGCAAUGUUUAACCAAGUUCUGAUUUUGAUAUCUACAUUGCUUUGCCUUAUCUUCACCUGCAUCUGUGGGAUCCAGCAUCUGGAGCGGAUCGGGAAGAAGCUCAACCUCUUCGACUCCCUUUACUUCUGCAUCGUGACCUUCUCGACCGUGGGCUUUGGGGAUGUUACUCCUGAAACCUGGUCCUCCAAGCUCUUUGUCGUGGCUAUGAUCUGUGUGGCCCUCGUGGUCCUCCCCAUACAGUUUGAACAGCUGGCCUACUUGUGGAUGGAGAGGCAGAAGUCGGGUGGGAACUACAGUCGACACAGAGCUCAAACGGAAAAGCAUGUUGUCCUGUGUGUCAGCUCACUGAAGAUCGACCUGCUCAUGGACUUUUUAAACGAGUUCUACGCCCACCCGAGACUGCAGGAUUAUUACGUGGUGAUUCUGUGCCCCACGGAAAUGGACGUGCAAGUCCGGAGGGUGCUGCAGAUCCCCAUGUGGUCGCAGAGAGUCAUCUACCUUCAAGGCUCCGCCCUGAAAGACCAGGAUCUGCUGAGAGCAAAGAUGGAUGAUGCGGAGGCCUGCUUCAUUCUGAGCAGCCGCUGUGAGGUGGACAGGACAUCCUCUGACCACCAGACGAUCUUGAGAGCGUGGGCUGUAAAGGACUUUGCUCCCAACUGCCCUUUGUAUGUCCAGAUUCUGAAGCCCGAGAAUAAAUUCCACAUCAAAUUCGCCGAUCAUGUUGUUUGUGAAGAAGAGUUUAAAUACGCCAUGUUAGCUUUAAACUGUAUAUGCCCAGCAACAUCUACACUUAUCACACUACUGGUUCAUACCUCUAGAGGGCAGGAGGGCCAGCAGUCGCCCGAGCAGUGGCAGAAGACCUACGGCAGGUGCUCGGGGAACGAGGUGUACCACAUCACUCUGGAGGACAGCGCGUUUUUCGCCGAGUACGAAGGGAAGAGUUUCACGUACGCCUCCUUCCACGCACACAAGAAGUUCGGUGUCUGCUUGAUUGGUGUCAGGAGGGAGGAUAAUAAAAACAUUCUUCUGAACCCAGGCCCCCGGUACAUUAUGAACGCCACGGAUGUGUGUUUCUAUAUUAAUAUCACCAAGGAAGAGAACUCAGCGUUUAAGAACCAAGACCAGCAGAAAAAGAGCAGCUUCUCGCGGUCCUUCUACCACGGGCCUUCGCGGCUGCCUGUGCACAGCAUCAUCGCCAGCAUGGGCACUGUGGCUAUCGACUUGCAAGACACAAGCUGUCGGUCGGCCAGUGGCCCUACCCUGACUCUUCCUACGGAGGGAAUCAAAGAAAUCCGAAGACCCAGCAUCGCCCCUGUUCUAGAGGUUGCAGAUGCAUCAUCCCUUCAAACAUGUGACCUUCUCAGUGACCAAUCAGAAGAUGAAACUACACCGGAUGAAAAAAUGUCCUCAAACUUAGAGUACGCUAAAGGCUACCCCCCCUACUCUCCAUACAUAGGAAGUUCGCCCACGUUUUGCCAUCUCCUUCACGAAAAAGUGCCCUUUUGCUGCUUAAGACUAGACAAGAGUUGCCAGCAUAACUACUAUGAAGACGCAAAAGCCUAUGGAUUCAAAAAUAAACUAAUUAUAGUUGCAGCUGAAACAGCUGGAAAUGGAUUGUAUAAUUUUAUUGUUCCUCUCAGGGCUUAUUAUAGACCAAAGAAAGAACUCAACCCCAUAGUGCUGCUGUUGGAUAACCCGCCAGAUAUACAUUUUCUGGAUGCAAUCUGUUGGUUCCCAAUGGUUUACUACAUGGUGGGCUCUAUUGACAACCUCGAUGACUUACUCAGGUGCGGAGUGACGUUCGCUGCCAACAUGGUGGUCGUGGACAAGGAGAGCACCAUGAGCGCCGAGGAGGACUACAUGGCCGACGCCAAGACCAUCGUCAACGUGCAGACCCUUUUCAGGCUGUUUUCCAGUCUCAGCAUCAUCACUGAGCUGACUCACCCCGCCAACAUGAGGUUCAUGCAGUUCCGAGCCAAAGACUGCUACUCCCUGGCCCUUUCCAAACUGGAGAAGAAAGAACGAGAGAGGGGUUCGAACUUGGCCUUCAUGUUCCGGCUGCCGUUUGCUGCCGGGCGGGUGUUCAGCAUCAGCAUGCUGGAUACACUUCUCUACCAGUCGUUUGUGAAGGAUUAUAUGAUUUCCAUCACCAGACUCCUGCUGGGAUUGGACACUAUCCCAGGAUCGGGCUUCCUUUGUUCUAUAAAGAUCACCGAGGAGGACCUCUGGAUCAGAACGUACGCCCGGCUCUACCAGAAGCUGUGCUCCUCCAGCGGAGACGUCCCCAUAGGGAUCUACAGGACCGAGUCUCAGAAGCUCGCUGCGUCUGAGUCUCAAAUAUCAAUCAGUGUGGAGGAAUGGGAAGACACCAAAGACUGCAAGGACCAAGGUCAUCACCGAGGCAACCACCGCAACUCCACGUCCAGCGACCAGUCGGACCACCCCCUGCUGAGGAGAAAGAGCAUGCAGUGGGCCCGAAGGCUGAGCAGAAAAGGUCCCAGACACUCUGGUAAAACAGCUGAGAAAAUAACGCAGCAGCGACUGAACCUCUACAGGAGGUCAGAGAGACAAGAGCUUGCUGAACUUGUGAAAAAUAGAAUGAAACACUUGGGUCUUUCUACAGUGGGAUAUGAUGAAAUGAAUGACCACCAGAGCACCCUGUCAUACAUCCUGAUUAACCCGUCUCCGGACACCAGACUAGAGUUGAAUGACGUUGUAUACUUAAUCCGACCAGAUCCACUGUCAUACCUUCCCAACAGCGAACCCAGUCAAAACAACAGCAUCUGCAAUGCCACUGGUCUAGACUCUCGGGAGGAAACUCAGCUUUGA